ACAGAAACGGACAUCAUCAUGACCAACUGCAAAGUUUGGUGGAGACCAUCAUUGUUAGCCAUCCUGCUGUUUUCACUGGCGACAGCAAUGAACGCAGAGGAGACUAAUAACCGUACGGACAAUACUACAGGAACAUUGGAUUCAUUACUCUUCAUCACAUCAACAGUAGAUCAUAUAAUUGUGAAAGAAGGGAACAGUGUGGUCAUUCCCUGUAAUAUCGAGGGGCACCCUGAUCCUCAUUUCCAGUGGUUCAACUCCAAUGGACAUCUACUCAAAGAGGAAAAUGCUGAAAAAUGGUGGAUUCUUGAUAGUGGCGUUUUAAAUAUCACCAGUGUUUCUUUCGAGGACAGAGGAAAAUACACUUGUGUCGCUACCAAUGCCCAUGGCACCGUAAACAAUACAGUUACUCUAAGAGUCAUUUUUACCUCUGGUGACAUGGGAAUCUACUACAUGAUAGUCUGUUUGGUUGCAUUUACUAUAGUGAUGACACUGAAUAUAACAAGAUUGUGUAUGAUGAGCAGUCAUUUGAAGAAGACUGAGCAAGCAAUUAAUGAUUUCUUCAGGACAGAAGGUGCAGAAAAAUUGCAAAAGGCUUUUGAGAUUGCAAAAAGAAUCCCCAUCAUCACUUCAGCCAAGACACUUGAGCUCGCCAAAGUCACUCAAUUUAAGACAAUGGAGUUUGCACGAUACAUUGAGGAACUGGCCAGAAGUGUCCCUUUACCACCGCUCAUCAUGAACUGCAGAACUAUAAUGGAAGAGAUCAUGGAGGUUGUUGGACUGGAUGAACCAGGGCAUACAUUUAUCAGACAAGGAGCAGUUGGCCAGGAAAUCUGUGAUGUUGAUGAUGUCUUCAUCAUUCCUAAUGGUUUGCAGCGGAGUGAUUCUCCAGCAGCUGAGUCAGAUGCCUCUUCUGUACACGAGCCCCCUCGGCAAAUUGCUAUAACAGUGUCUGUGCAUCCUGUGGUCAAGAAACCGUGUUUGGAUACAGACUCACAAGACAGCAUACCGUCUAGUAUAAAAGAUGACUCUACAACAAGAGCAUGUACUCAGAAUUCUGAACCAAUUGCACCUCCGCCAGAUAACCCCACUACGUGUAUUGUAUACGAAAGCCAUGUCUAGAUAGGAAAGCUAUGCAUAUCACUAAUAGACACUUGGAGCACCUU